GGAUCCAGAAUGUUCUUAGUCUCUUCUGUGCAGUUCUGACAGAGCACAAGGUUUUGUUCCACUCUUCCAGCUAUCAGAGACUUGGGGAGGCCUGCCGUGCCUUAGAGUCCCUCAUGUUUCCUCUUAAGUACAGCUACCCCUUCAUUCCCGUCCUCCCAUCUCGACUGCUGGAGGUGUUGAGCUCGCCUACGCCCUUUAUCAUCGGAGUGCACUCCAUGUUCCAGAGCGAGAUCCAAGAGCUGCUCGAUGUGAUCAUUGCUGACCUUGAUGGAGGAACAAUUAAAGUACCGGAGUGUAUACACCUCUCCCAGCUCCCCGAACCCCUGUUGCACAAUACUCAAAAAGCACUGUCCAUGGUUUUGCACCCAGAUCUGGAAGGAGCAGAUAAUGCCUUCCCACCCCCUCGUUCUGCUCCAUCCAACCUCAAACUGCUGGAUAAGGAGGUGAGGGCGGUCUUCCUGCACUUGUUUGCACAACUCUUACAGGGCUACAGGUCCUGUCUGCAACUCAUUCGCAUCCAUUCCGAACCUGUGAUUCACUUUCAUAAGGCUGCAUUCCUGGGCCAACGGGGCCUGAUAGAAAAUGACUUCCUGACCAAGGUGUUGGAUGGCAUGGCCUUUGCGGGAUUCGUGUCUGAACGGGGACCUCCAUACAGAGCCUGUGAUCUGUUUGAUGAGCUGGUGGCUUUAGAUGUAGACUGCUUUAAGGAGGAAGAGGAGAACCUGGUCAAAUUCCAGAAGCGCUUGCGAGAGCUGUCCGAGCAACUUUACAAAAACGAGAACCCAAACCCCCACAUGGCCUUCCAGAAAGUGCCUCGGCCCACCGAGGGCUCACACCUGCGGGUGCAUGUGGUGCCCUUUCCCUUGUUGGAGGAGGAGAGGGUGGAGGAGUUGAUACAGGAGGGCCUGGCCAAGCAGCACACCGCCCCUAUCAGUACCCGUCCAGAGAGGAAGUGUGUGGUGCCUGCUGGACCACCUGUGGUGUCUAUCAUGGGCAAGCCCAGCUCGGUUUUUAACAGCGCUCGUAGACUGGAGGUGGUCCGGACGUGCAUCGGUUUCAUCUUCGACAACAAGACUCUGGAGACAGAGAAGGCACUCCCUGCGGCUCUUCGGGCGCUGAAAGGCAAAGCAGCACGCCAGUGCCUGACCGAAGAGCUCAGCCGCCACGUGCAGCAGAACCGUGCUAUCCUGGACCACCAGCAGUUUGAUCAUAUCGUUCGCAUGAUGAACUGUGCUCUACAGGACUGCUCCAGCUCGGAGGAAUACACUGUAGCCGCCGCCUUGCUGCCCCUGACAACGGCCUUCUACCGGAAACUGGCAGCUGGCGUGGACCAGUUCGCCUACACCUGCAUACAAGACCAUCCCAUCUGGACCAAUCAGCAGUUCUGGGAGGCCACCUUCUACUCUGAGGUGCAAAACCAGAUCAGAGCGCUUUACCUCACCGCCCCUGAGGAAAAACAACUCCUCACCGCCAAGAUCAAGGAACAGAGUACACUGUCCACAGCAUCCAGUGAGUCAGAACGAACCGCUAUGGACCUCGCAGCAGAGCAGUUACGUGCUUGGCCCAGUCUCAGCAAAGAGAAGCAGCAGGAGCUGGUGAAGAACGAGGAGAGCACAGUGUUCAGCCAGGCCAUUCACUACGCCAGCCUGAUGGUCUACCUGCUCGUACCGCUGGACACCAGCAAAGUCAAGCUGCUGCGCUCCACACCUGCAGCCGACUGGGAGAGCGGCAGCAACAGCAUCCUCACGAACAGUAUUGCAGGGAGUGUGGCCGAGAGCUUUGACACUGAGAGCGGAUUUGAAGACUCUGAGACCAGUGAUGUUGCCAACUCUGUGGGGAGAUUCAUCUCUCGUUUCAUUGACAAAGUGUGCACAGAGAGUGGAGUGACACAGGAUCAUAUCAAGGGUCUGCAUAGUAUGAUUCCAGGUCUUGUGGCAAUGCAGAUGGAGACUUUAGAAACGGUUCAUAGAGAAAGCAGAAGACUGCCUCCCAUUCAGAAGCCCAAGAUCCUGCGGCCUGCCCUGCUACCCGGAGAGGAGCUGGUGUCCGAGGGGCUACGGGUGGUCUUGGACCCUGAUGGUCGAGAAGAGGCCACCGGAGGGCUUCUGGGAGGGCCACACAUCCUGCCAGCAGAGGGAGCACUCUUCCUCACCACUUACCGUAUCGUUUUCAAAGGCACUCCUCAUGACCCACUAGUUGGCGAACAGGCAGUGAUCAGGAGUUUUCCAGUAUCCACUUUAACCAAGGAGAAAAAAAUCACCAUUCAGAACCAGCUACAGCAAAACAUGCAGGAGGGGCUUCAGCUAAGAUCCGCCUCCUUCCAGCUAAUUAAGGUGGCGUUUGAUGAGGAGGUGAGCUCUGAGAUGGUAGAGAUCUUCAGGAAACACCUGCAACGGAUCCGCUACCCACCAUCCAUCUUCAGCACCUUUGCCUUUGCAGCAGGACAGACAGCACCACAGCUCAUAUUACCCAAGCAGAAAGAGAGAAACACGGGCUUCCGAACACUAUCGAAGACCAUUGUGAAAGGGGCUAAAAGGGCAGGCAAGAUCACAAUGGGCCGCCAGUCCACUAUGAAGAAAAACGAAAAGGGCAGUCGCAUGACGUGGCAUGAGCAUGAUGACAUCUCCAUCUCAGAUGAUGGUGAGCCCCCCACCAGCAGCACACUGAAGGCCUCAGAGAAGUCCACUAUGGAGCAGUUAGUGGAGCGAGCCUGUUUCCGUGACUAUCAGAGGCUGGGCUUGGGUACCAUUAGCGCUAGUUCCACACGGUCUAAAAGCGGAGAGCAGUUCCGAGUUACGGCAGUCAACAGGCUCUACUCGUUGUGUCGCAGUUACCCGGGUCUCCUGGUGGUGCCUCAAACCGUUCAGGACAGCAGCCUCCAUAAGUUGUCACGCUGCUACCGGCACAACCGUCUGCCAGUCAUGUGUUGGAAACACCCUCGCACCAAAGCGGUUUUACUUCGUUCGGGUGGUUUUCACAGCAAGAGUGUGGUUGGACUUUUCAAGUCUCAGAACCCUUCUUCAGCAGCUCCGACUUCCUCAGAGACCUCCAGCAGUCUG